UAAAUCCGAGUUCUCGGUGUACCUCGGACUCUCUGAGUAAUAUUCGAAUUGCUCUCUCUCUUGUUUCUUUUCACACUCAACCAGUGUCCACCCAAUUCUGAGUAUAAGUCUCUUCGUAUGCACUCCAAUCUUUUCGGUCUUUUGCCUUUCGCAUCCAGUCCUUACCAGCUAUUUUUACCAGAUCCUCGGUCUAUCUCAUUGGGUAUCUGCCCACGUUACGACGUCCAGUACGAGGUCUCCUCUCCACUUCAGUAUUUUUGUGCCUAAAAUAUAAAUUGAAUAAAAGAUAUACACAGUUAGAAGUUACAUACGUUAUCAGCACCGCUGAAGGGAAGACACACAGACUAAUGCCGUAACGUGUUAUGUAACGAAGCGGUAUAACCUCCCAUAAGAAAUUCUUCUUCUUCUUAUCAGCCCACAGACGUCCACUGCACAGGCCUCCCGCAAGCCUCGCCACAAAGACUGGUUCUGCACUGCCUGCAUCCAGCGGAUCCCCGCGAACCUCGAUAGAUUGUGUGGUGUCGGCCUCGAAAAAGAAUAACACUUCCCCUUCUCCUCCCGUGGGUGUCGUAAGAGCAAUACCUGCCCACCCACAUUCGAGUUUGAACCGUGAAGAUAUCCUAUUCAUGGCGCAGCGGGAGUACACAGCCCGACGUUACAAAUGGAAUACGCUAAUCGUCUGGAUUCACCACCGAUGUAUCACUUCGCCCUCCAACCACUGAAGGGACAACAACAAAAAUGUAUAAAACCAACAUUGUUUUCAACGUUUUAGCUUUGGCAUUGUUCAGUAUUUUCUUCGCGAGUUGCACGGAUAUGAAGGAUGAAAGCGACAGAGGAGCUCACAGUGAGCGGGGCGCUCUCUGGUUCGGCCCCAGACUCGGGAAGCGAUCAAUGAAGCCAUCCACUGAAGAUAACAGGCAAACCUUCCUGAGGCUGCUCGAGGCGGCUGAUGCCCUCAAAUUUUACUACGACCAGCUACCUUACGAGAGGCAAGCCGAUGAACCGGAAACCAAAGUAACAAAGAAGAUCAUCUUCACCCCCAAACUCGGGAGGAGCGUCGCCAAACCCCAGACGCAUGAAAGCCUCGAAUUCAUCCCCCGGCUCGGAAGGCGGCUCUCUGAGGACAUGCCUGCUACGCCAGCUGACCAGGAAAUGUACCAACCUGACCCCGAAGAAAUGGAGUCAAGAACAAGAUACUUCUCGCCCAGGCUGGGGCGCACCAUGAGCUUUUCGCCCAGACUGGGAAGGGAGCUUUCGUACGAUUACCCUACAAAAUAUAGGGUUGCCAGAAGCGUUAACAAGACAAUGGACAACUAAACGAAUUAUGGUCCGCUUGAGGUACCUCAUUUGAGGUCUCGAUCGACUCCGACGAACGGUUACGGGUAAACGGCGACAAUGUUAAUGUUUUGGACGAAACAAUUGUUAAUUAAUAAAUUCAUGUGAUUUUGUAAUUGUAAUUUAUAAGUGAAUAAAAAAAUAAACUAUUUAAAAUAAA